UGUUAAUUAAAAUUUUGACAUAAAAAGAAACGCAUCAACUAUAGGUCACAAGUGUUUCAUUUUUUUUUUUCUCCCUUAUUAAUUAGGAGUAUCAAGAAAGUUUUGAUUUUCCACCUAGGUAAGCAAACUUGUAAAGCAAUGUGUCUAUAAAUACUUUGUUUACUUAGAGACAUUUCUACACAUGACAUAUAGAAAACUUCAAAUAAAAAAAUAAAAACUAAAGAGAGAAAUAAAGGAAAAAAUAAAAAAUAAAAAUGGGUGCUAAGUUAAACAUCACUUUAGUCCUUAUGCUACUUACAGCCAUAUUAGCUGUUGAUGCUAAAAUUGAAAAUGACUGGGAAGAUGCCCAUGCAACCAACUACGGUGGCAUGGAUGGACGUGAAACCAUGCAAGGAGCUUGUGGGUAUGGAAAUCUCACAGAGCAAGGCUAUGGACUCGAAACGUCAGCAUUAAGCACGGCCCUCUUCAACGACGGUCUAACAUGUGGUGCUUGCUACCAAAUCAUGUGUAAAGACUCAAAAUGGUGUCUUAAUGGUACUCAAUCAAUCCAUGUAACAGCCACCAACUUUUGCCCUCCUAACUACACUAAGCCUAACGAAAAUUGGUGCAACCCUCCCUUGAAGCACUUUGAUCUAACACAACCAAUGUUUAGAAAAAUCGCGGUGUAUGAGGCAGGCAUUGUCCCUGUGGCUUAUCGCCGUGUUAAUUGUGUUAAACAAGGAGGCAUUACGUUCGAGUUUAAGGGAAACCCGAAUUGGAUCGUUGUACUCGUUUAUAAUGUGGGUGGUGUAGGGGAUGUUAAGGAUGUUAAGGUUAAGAGUUCAAACACUACUAGUUGGUUACAAAUGAGGAGGAAUUGGGGACAAAAUUGGGACACUAAUGCUACACUUGUUGGACAAAGUUUGUCGUUUCAAGUGACUACUAGUGAUGGUAAAAUGGUGCAAGCUGAUGAUGUGGCUCCUGCUACAUGGAAAUUUAAUCAAACUUAUGUUUGUAAAAGACAAUUUAAUUAGGUAAUUUAUAUUACCUUCUUGUAAUUUGGUUAACAUGUAUUAUGUGCAAUAGGAU